UAAAAAAAGUGCAGCAAGACGCAGAGCCGGAUGAAUUGGACGCAGUAGACCACUGGCCACUGCUCGCAUCGCCGGACGCCCAGCUCGCAUCGCCGGACGCCCAGCUCGCAUCGCCGGACGCCCAGCUCGCAGCUCUUCCUGCUCCACAGCUCGCAUCGCCGGAGCUCGCACGUCCCCCUUCUGCUUCACCCUUUCGCCUGCGCAGGCUGCGCUGCUUCUCUCGAGUCUCGACACAGCCACACAGAGAAAGUUUUAAAUCUCAAAUCAGCAUGAGACAAAGAAAGUAUCCAUCUACUAUUCCACCAGAGCACAUUACAACUGAAAAAUCCAAUUCCAUAAGGGAUCCAAAAAACAAAUAUUUACUCUCUUCUUCAAGACAAGUGUUUAUUCUCUGCUUGGUAACUCGGAUACUCAACUCCCUCCUGGUGCAAACUUACUUCAACCCUGAUGAACAUUGGCAAGCCCUUGAAGUUGCCCAUCAUAUCACAUUUGGAUAUGGGCAUUUGACAUGGGAAUGGAAAAGGGGAAUAAGGAGUUACUUGCACCCAUUCAUUUUCUCUCUUCUCUAUAAAGGUCUAUCCUUUCUAAAGCUUGAUAGGCCUUGGUUCAUGAUAAGGACUCCUCGGCUCCUACAGUCUGUUUUCUCUGCUGUUGGUGAUCUUUACUUGUAUAAGAUUUCUCAAAAGUUAUUUGAUGACCAUGUAGCAAUAUGGGCACUGUUUGCACAAUUAACCAAUUGGUUCAUGUUUUUCUCUUGUACUCGAACUUUGUCUAAUAGUUUUGAGACCGUUCUUACACUAAUGAGCCUCUACAACUGGCCUUCCAUUAGGAGAUAUCCAAACACGCCCCCCUCAGGUUCAAGAAAGUGGGCUUUGGCAUUUGCGGCAUUGGCUUGUGCCAUCCGGCCAACAAGUGCCAUUACGUGGUUGUAUGUUGGCCUUCUGGAGUUGUACUUUGCAGACAAAAAAAUGAAGUUUAUUCUUCUUGAAGUGGUUCCUAUUGGGACAUUGAUACUUGGAGUCACACUUCUGUUGGAUCGGUGGAUGUAUGGGACUUGGGUGAUCGUGCCUCUUAAUUUUCUGAAGUUCAAUUUCCUCUCUUCCGGAGGUGACUAUUAUGGAACUCAUGUAUGGCACUGGUACCUCAGUCAGGGAUUCACGGUGAUGGUCUUCACAUUCCUACCAUUUUCUUUAGUCGGAGCUAUCAUGUCUAAACAUUGGAAACUAUCUGGUCUCAUUGCAUGGGUCUUGGGGGUUUAUAGCUUGUUAAGCCACAAAGAGUUCAGGUUUGUCCUCCCCAUGCUUCCCAUCGCUUUAAUGUUCUCUGGGUACUUGCUGGCAAAAUUGGGUGUUCCUAGUAUCUCAAGGACCAGUUACACAGGGUUAUCAAAAAAGCAUCUUUGCGUUUUCUUCCUACUAAUCACAAAUAUUCCCAUGGCUUUGUAUAUGAGUUUGGUCCAUCAGGCAGGAACUGAGGAUGUCAUGAACUAUCUCUCUGUCGAAGCAGCCAAUGGAAACGUAACAAGCAUCCUUUUCUUGACACCUUGUCAUGCGACACCUUACUACUCAACCCUUCACCGUAACAUUCCUAUGCGCUUCUUGGAUUGUACACCAAGUGAAGCGAAAGGAGUGGUAGACGAGUCUGAUCGGUUCUUGUCAGACCCAGUGGGUUUUGCAACUCGGUUUGCAAAAGGUUGGUCUUUACCUAGCCACAUUGUGGUGUUUGAUGCACAAGAAAAGCUAUUGGAGGAAUUUCUGGCUUUACACAAUUUCAAGGAGAUAAAAAGGUUCUUUCAUGCUCACUUCAAGGUGGAUAGAGAGCUUCAGGCAUCUAUUGCUGUGUAUGCAUCUGGAGACCAGUCAAAUUUCCCUCUUCCAGAUUAAAAAACAUCUGCUUCAAGCUAGACAUAUUUUGAUGGAGUAACCCUCAUCCCCCACCUAAUGUUCCCUACCAUAUUCCCAAGUUUUGCCUAAUUGUGUUUUUGUUAUCUGUGUUUUUCUUUGUUACCCCAUUACCUUCAAAGAUAGGAAAGUGUUGCAACUGUUGCAGGACUUUCAAGUUUCAACUACGCUCUUAUUUGAUUAAUUUUUUUUGAUACUUCCUUCGUGCGGAAUUUACUGUUUGGGG